AGAGAGAGAGGGGGAGAGAGAGCGCGGGCGAGAGAGAGAGCGACAAGAAGAAUCAGCAGGCUUUUUUUUUUUUCCUCAUUUGGAGAGGAACAGCUUGCGCGUAAACGAAAGCGGGCAUCACUGAAGGGAUAGAUACGUGGUGCCUGGAUAAUUUCAUUUGUUUGUUUUCUUUUUCUUUUUGUUUAAUUGUUGGUGACUCUGCGGAGUUUUAAAGAGGGGAGCAGAGUGAGGACUGCACGCAUCGGAUGCGCUGACAUUCAGAAGUGUGCGCGCAAGGCACCUGUGGAUGCAGCUGACACCCGCCUGAUGUUUGGACUGACACCUUUAACAAAGAAAGAAUUCACCACAAGAUUUAGCUGAUACUCGUUUCGAUCAAACCCCCAGCCCGCAGUUUAAGACGAGAACCGUACCAUGCUGCUGCGCCUUUCCUUUCUGCUGGUUCCGCUGCUGAGCACUACCGGUUGCGGCUCGUCGUACGUGCCUUGCGAGCCGUGCGAUCAGAAGGUCCUAUCCAUGUGUCCGCCGGUGCCGGUGGGCUGCCAGCCGGUGAAGGAGCCCGGCUGCGGCUGCUGUCUGACUUGCGCGCUCGAAGAGGGCCAGGCGUGCGGUGUGUACACGGGGCCGUGCACGCGCGGGCUCCGCUGCCUGCCGAAGAACGGAGAGGAGAAGCCGCUGCACGCGCUCCUGCACGGCCGCGGGGUGUGCAGGAACGAGAAGUUGUACAAACUGCAGUAUCCAUCAAAAGGUGGACAGUCUCCUGAUGACAUGCUAGAUGUCCCAGCCCUACCACAAACAAAGGUGCCCUUAUAUGGAGGUCACAUCAGCAGUCGCAAGGCCCAGGCCAUGAAGCAGGCCAAGGACCGCAAGAAGCAGCUGGCUAAGCUUGCACCUGCCAGCAACCUGGCUCCACUCAGCAUAGAUAAACUGGAUCCUGAUUUUGGGCCCUGCAGGAGAAGACUAGAUAAUCUCAUUCACAACAUGAAGGACACUUCUCAGGUCUUCGCUCUCUCACUGUACAUUCCCAACUGUGACAAGAAGGGCUUCUUCAAGCGCAAACAGUGUAAGCCAUCUCGUGGCCGGAAAAGGGGGAUCUGCUGGUGCGUAGACCGGUUUGGCGUCAAAAUUCCGGGCAUCAACUAUGCUGGAGGAGAACUGCAGUGCAAAGAUCUCGACAACAACAGCAAUGAAUGAAAGCAAACCUAUUUCUUCUUAAAACUUGCCAAUCAAGCUAGCACACUUUAUGACUGACAAUCAGGAAAAUAUGGCACAAAUGGUUUUAUACUGUAUAUGUUCAGGUGUAAUGGACUCUAUCAUUUUUUUUUCUUCUAAGGGAGCCAAACUGAAAAGCUUGCUUAAGUGAAUCUGCACAUGUAGGUCUUAAUGCUGGCUUCCCACUGACUGCGUAUUAUUUUUGAUGUUAGCUAAUACAUCUCUUCAUAAACAUUGAUCAUAUAGACAGUAUGUUGUGUGCUAUUACAGAAAAGACAAGACAUAUCUUGAA